UAAUUUUAAUUGGUAUUUGAUCUUGAGAUUAAACCAUGUGCCGAUCAGACAACAAAAAAUAGACGCUUUAUUGCCGCUUGUCAAUUCUUCUGAUACCUUUAAUUGGCUACAAAAAUAAACUAAGUUUAUAAAUAUAACUAAUCACCACAGUCGACAACCUAGUGAGCAGUGUCCUUUUAAUUGUGAUAAUAUGGCUGAUGCAACUGAUGAUGGUAUAAACUACGAAGAAUUCAGUAAACUGGACAUAUCGAAAGAGCAACUAAAAAUGUUAAAACAAAUUUUUGAUUCUUUUGAUUUGGAGAAGAAAAAAGAAAUUUCCGUUGAUAUGAUUGGUCAAAUUUUGGAUAUGUUGGGCCACAGGCUUCUGCCUGAAGAAUUAACUGAAAUUGUUAAAGAAAUUGACGCUGACGGUAACGGGGUCAUGAACUUUGAAGAAUUUGCUCAUCUAGCAGCUAGAUUCCUAAUUGAGGAAGAGGAAGACACAGAAGCAAUUUUAAGAGAAUUGAAAGAUGCCUUUAGGUUAUAUGAUAAAGAAGGCCUGGGUUAUAUAUCUGUAGAUCUAUUAAAAGACAUAUUGAAAGAACUUGAACCUAAUUUAUCACCUGCAGAUUUAAAUGAAAUGAUCAAGGAAAUUGAUACUGAUAAUUCUGGAACUGUUGACUGGGAAGAAUUUAAAGCCAUGAUGAUUGGAUAAAAAUCUACUAAACUAAAAGCAAAAAAAUAGGUAAUUAGAAUAAAUUCACAGCAAAAUAUUUUUGUAAACAUUACAUUAGUAUGCGAGUUUACCACUUUAAUUAAAGAAUAUCAAAUAUUGUGUAAAAAAAUUUGGAAUUGUAAUAUUUUGUAAAUAAACUAUUUAUUUUUCUUUUAAAUUA